AUGGACAAGAACAUGGACAGAAAUCCACAGAAGCAACUGAGCCAGAAGGCCAUGAAUGCACUUGCCCAAAGUCCACACGAUGAAUUGCUGGUUACACACAUUAACCAGACCCAGGACCUACUGAGGCUGCAGGGAAGUGAGACUCAGGCCUCUGCCCCAGAAGACUCUGCAGACUGGCUUUCAACUCACAGUUUGAAGUUUGAGAAACUCACCUUGACUGACUUGAUAAGCCAGGGAGCAGUUGAGCUGGAGGAGCGUGGCAAUGCCGUGCCCAAAGUGCAUUUCUCCACCCAGGCCAUCCACCACUUUGAAUCCAGGCUUUCUGACACUAUCGAGCUCUAUCAGCAGAGGAUUCGGUGGCUCACAGAGAACAGCAAGAAGGUAUUUGGUCUCAUCAAGGGAGCAAGAGUGGGACUCCUCAUCGAUAUGUCCCAGGUCAGCAGUGGCCCUCAGAAAGAAGAAUUCCAAAAUGACCUCACAAGUCUCAUUGAUGAGCAGCUGAGCCUCAAGGAAAAGUUGUUUGUCCUGUCCUUCGGUGUCACUGCCAAAGCCCUCUGGCCAGACCCUGUGGAAGUCAAUACCUCCACCCUCCAGGAACUCAAGCUCUGGGUAAAGAAACUGCAGCCCGAGGGAAGCAGCAAUCUGCUACAAGCCUUGAGGAAAGCCUUGGUUCACAAAGAGCUGAAUGCUUUGGUGACCAUACUGAGAAGCUGUCCAGAUCAGCCUUCUGAAUUCCUGUCUGACUACAUCCAGCAAUGCACCGUAGGACGGGACUUCUUCAUUCAUGUCACCACCUACAAAUGCGACAAUCAUGUGCCCUCUGCUGUUCUGAAGAACCUCACAGAUGUGCUUGGAGGUUUCUACCACUGCUACAACCCAGAAUCAGAGGUCUAUACAAAUAGGGAUGUGGAUGAGCUCCUAGCAGAAACCCAGAAGGCUCAAGACCUCCUCAACCAGGUGCAAGCCUUGCGCCACAGCGGCCCAUGUGAGGAGCUGGCCUGCAUGAUCAAGGAAAUCUCUACAGAGAUUGCCAAAGGGCCAUUCACAAGUCUCUUACCUAAACCCCCGAAGCAUGAAGCUCCUCUCACAAUCAAGUUUCCAGACUUGGAAAAGACUUCUGCAGAAUGGCUCAAGGUCAAUGGUCUAAAAGCCAAGAAGUUAAGCCUUUAUCAGGUUCUGGCACCCAACGCCUUCAAUCCUGUGGAAGAAUUUGUGCCUGUUCUCCAGAAAACAGUGUCAGCUACUGUCCAUGAGAAAGCAAUGGUACAAUUUGAAUGGCAUGAUGGGACAGUGAAGAAUAUCCAUGUGGACCCACCCUUCCUCUAUGAGUACCAGAAGCAGCUCGGGAAAGCUGUGCAGAUGUACAAGAGUAGGCUCCGGUGGCUCUCCAUGGCCAGCAGAAGAAUCUGGGGCACUGUCUGUGAAAGGAGGGUUGUUAUAUUGCUGGAUGUCUCGGUGACCAAUUCCAUGUACAUUAUUCAUAUCCAGCACUCCCUGCGCCUGCUGCUAGAGGAGCAGCUGGCCAACAAAGACCACUUCAAUAUCAUCGCGUUUGGAAGCACAGUUCAGAGCUGGAAGCCUGAGAUGGUUCCCAUGAGCCAUGACAACUUACAAAGCGCCUGGCGGUGGGCCCUGGGUCUACAGUGUCAAGGAAGCAGAAAUGUACUCAGCGCUCUGCGGAAGGCCAUAGAAGUGGACUUCAAGGACAAAGACAAACAUGAGUCUCAGGGCCUCUACCUCUUUACAGGGGGUAUUCCUGACCAAGAUAUUUCCAUGCUCAGUGCAUAUGUGGCAGAGGCCUGUGGAGGUUGUGACCUCCAGCUGAAUGUUUGUCUCUUCUAUGUGGGUGAACCACAACUGGAUACUAAGCCCCCUGUCUGCUAUGCCAGCCGUACGGACACAGCUACUGCCUACAAAGAGCUCACCCGCGCUGCCAGAGGUCGCCUCCACUGGUUUGGGGAAGCAGGUAUUUAUGAGAGUGAUGACAUCAAUGCCAUCAUAUCUGAGAUAGAAAAAGCCCUCAACUACUCCCAAAAGUGUGCCUUCCUCGUGGCUUCCCUGAAGAACCAUUCGGGAAAAGAACUGCAAAGCGUAGCCCUCCAAAAAGACAAGCCAAAGAUGCUCAAGCAAAGUUCGCCCAAGAAUCUCUGUCCUCCCAAGCCCACAGCCCCCUCGGUGGCCAGAAUGAACAUUCAAGAUGACCUGGAUGGAGAAAGGAGCUCCCAACUGAAAACUCUGAAGUGUCAUCCCCUCAAUGGAGAAACAAGCAUCUCUCCAGCUGCAGCGCAUCCUGGGAAAGAAGGGAAGGUGGAACAGAGGAGGAAGGCCAAGCCCACGGCAGAAGAUAUAUCACACUCUCUGUUCUACACAGACUCAGGGAAUAGUGUGGGUUCUGUGUACAAGAGGUACCCUCAAGGGAAGCUUGCUAGAAGGUUUAACUGUUCUGUUGAACUGCCCAGGAAGGACACUGUUUGCUCAAGUCAAAAGUGGAUAGCUACCUGCGGGCUGAAGAAACUGAAGCUGGAGCUCUCCAAAUGCCUUGGUCCCAACUGUAGACACCAAAAGUCAGCACGAGCGGCAGCGUUGGCCAAACACUGCACUCUCUUCCCCAGUGUAGAGAUCAAUGGAAUGGUGAGACACAUCCAGUGGACAUUGUGGGAAAUGGAGAGAUACAUCAGGUGCAUGGAGAAGGUGACGAGGUGCUAUGUGCAGAGGCUGCAAUGGUUGCUGACUGGGAGCCGCAGACUGUUUGGCACCAUCCUGGAAAGCAAUGUAUGUAUCAUGCUGGACACAUCAGGAUCCAUGGGCCCCCAUUUGCAGUGGAUGAAGACAGGGAUGGUUCUGCUGAUUUGGGAGCAGCUGAGGAAGCACUGUGACAGUUUUAACCUGCUCAGCUUUGCGAAGGACCUGAAGCCAUGGCAGAAUACUCUGGUGGAGACCACAGAUGCAACAUGUCAUGAGGCUAUGCAAUGGGUGACCCACUUGCAAGCCCAGGGGAACACCUCAUUCUUGUCAGCUUUACUGAAAGCCUUCAGCUUUCAGGAUAUGCAAGGACUGUAUCUGCUGACUGAUGGGAAGCCAGACACAAGCUGCAAUCUUAUUCUCAGUGCUGUCCAAAGGCUCCAGAAGGAAAGAGACGUGAAGGUGCAUACCAUCUCCCUGACCAGCACAGACAGAGCAGCAGUUGAGUUCCUGAGGAAGCUGGCUUCCCUCAGCGGAGGACGUUACCACUGUCCUGUCAAUGACGAUACACUCAGCGGGAUUCAUGGCUUGCUCACUAGAGGCUUCAUCCAGGACAGGGAUCCCAAGUUGCCACCGUUUGAGGGGGAUGACUUAAAGAUAUUGGCCCAGGAGCUCACCAAGGCUAGAAGCCUCCUCAAGCAAGCCCAGCUCUUCAGAUCCCAGCUCAUGAAGAAAAAUAACAUGGAACCAAAUGUCACUCCUUGCUAGAGGCAUGUUCUCAGUGACUCCUGCUUACCUGUCAAGGCACAGCUCAGAUGGCAUUGGCUUCACUCUGAAAAUGUUCCUGGUACCCACCCAGAGCUAAGGACCUCCAGUCACAUCUGGAUGCUUCUGCCUUCCUCGUCUGGCUUUCCUGACUAACCAUGCCUCUGGCAGCAUUCAGCACUGCAGGCUGUGAUGCCCUGCUCAAUGUCCUAACUCUUUUUGACCACGGUUCCCCUCUGCCAAGAAGCUGCUGUCUUAACUAUCCAUGGAUCCCCAGAUCCUGCCAUAUGGCAGUUGUGUGGUAAGCAGUGAUUACCCCAGCUCUGGAUAGCAGCCUGAUGAGCCUGCUUCUCCUGGUUCCUACCUAUACUUCUUACCAUCUGGAUCCACGGGCCUAGCAGCCUAGCUUGGAGGAAGACACAACCAAGAGCCAAGCCCCAUUACCACCAACAUCACUGCUAACCGGAGGCUACUAUGGACCCAGUCCAGAGUAAAUGCUCUGCUCUGGCCUCUGAAAGACAGAUACAGCCUUUGAAUCCAGCUAUACUAUGUACAUCUGUGUUAGAUGAUCUGGGAUCAUUUCCUAAAAUGAGAAAAUUGGUUUUUACUAAUAGAGUCAAAAUGACUUCAAAUGCUUGAGUACUGGUAAUGUGUGUAUGUGUGUGUAAAUUUUGAGUGAGAUAAAACUUUAUUAAAUUCUG